AGAUGAUCUCGUAACGUCUGGUACAGAGACAUUGUCCCGCGGGAGGAGACAAUGGUAGGACUCGAACAAAGCGAGGCGCGUAACUCGUUCAUUAUCCAUUCUGCAGCAAUUAAAGGGACUCUAGAGGAACUCCCGCGUUUUUGACCAGCGUUUUUCUGCGAGUUUUGACGCAAAAGUAGGGGCAAAUUAGUCUAUUGUUAAUCCGAGUUAUAAGUGAUACACUUAUAUCUGGGACCCUUAUUUGAUACAUCGGGCUCUGCCGAGAGCAGUUACAUCUCUCGCUACGGAAAGUGGUCGAUUUUUUUGUGCAUCUUUUGAUAUUUUUCACGGGUUUUCUCAGUGUAUAGUGUAGUAAGCGCAUUUUCCUCCAAUAAGUGUCGUUUACUCGGUCGUGUGAUUUAGUGAUGGUGCGUCUAAUGUUUACUUGAGACAUACCAUAAAAACUUCAUCGUGUUUACUCAAAGUUUAUGUUCUUCACAGUUGGGAUAUUUUAAUUGACGAUGGGAUUCUUGGUAGAUAAUUUUUUACUCCUAUCACUUCUCCUACGAAUAUCAGCGAUUUACGGAGCAUUGCCAGAACACAUAGAGUUACCACCGAAGGAAUUUUUGCCAAGCCCGGUGAAAUAUUUCUCGAAUGAAGUGAACCGAGACACAAAUACUGUCACAGACUCAUCGCCCAAUAGUGAGAAGCAGCAAGAGCCAAGAGUCGGGUACAUUAACAAUUCAGGUUACGGCAGCUCUGCAAGCGGUCUCGAUUACGGUUCUGGAUAUUCCGGCGCCCCUGGUCUAUAUAGUCCAGUGCGAUUGGACAUCGGAGUCUUAGUCCUGGGUGCAAUCGUUGGACUUGGUGCCAUCAUUAUUAUUCCGAAAAUUCUAGCCCUCUUCGCAACAGGAAUUAGCGCUUAUGCUAGUCAUGCCUAUGGUCGAGGUGAGCCAGUGGACGCAGCUGGAAUCAUGGACAUGAUGGCAAAAAUGGACGAAACUUUGUCAAAUUACAACAUCGAUUCCUCUGCCUGUAUGCAGAAGGCUAUAUGCUCAUACUUCCAACCUCUCUCAACACCGCAAGGCAAAGCCGACAAUGGAUCUCCUAUGCUCAAAAUGGCUCUAAAUAGCGGACUUGUCAACUUCCUAAUCGAAGGAUCAAAAUUCAAGAGAGCGGCAGACGAGGGCAAAGCUGGAGCAGAUUGUAAUCUAAUGUAUCCAGGCUGCCCAUUCUCGAGACAAAAUAUAUUUGCUAGUUUAAAACAUUUGAUGGCUACUAAUGCGGUCUGAUAGAGUCCACGCCAAAUAAGUUUGAACACUGUUCAAGAUCGAUAGAAAAUCUGCCAUCUUCAGUUUCGUCUCGGCACGCAAAUGCAAAAAUUGAGAUGUUGAUUUUUCUGUCAAACUUUAAAAGUGUUUUUACUUAUUUGGCGUCGGUUGUAAUCAUCACCAGUACAAAGAGGCUGGAAUAACUACAUUCUAACACAUUAGAUCAAAUGUUCAUAAGAAAUAACGCCUUAUGAAUAUGCGGAUGUUGUCAAAUGUUCUCUAAUAAAACACGAAUUUUCUGUAAAACUAGGAACUUUUUUUCUUUAAAAUUUUCAGAGAAUUUGAUCCAAAUUUUCUCAACUCACCGGACAAAUUGAUGGAACCAUUGUAAUGACAUUUUCAAAAUUAAAAAUUUUAUUUAGGGAAAUUUGACAACGUACGAAAGUUUCCAGACUUUUUGUGCCAAUGCUCAUUUAAAGGAGUUAGAAUCAAACCAGACACUUUCAUUUAAUAUUAAGAGGAAGGAGGGUGAUAUCAGGAAUGACCUCAGGGACUCGGUACGUGUAUCGAUGGUGAAACUAGAAAAAAAAAAUAUUUCCCUCUAUAAUAUUUCAGAUUAAAAAAUAAAAUAUUUUCCUCUAUAAUAUUUCAGAUUUUCUGUUAUGUUGCCUACUUCUUUUGAAGGAAGACUCUCUAUAAAUUUUCCGAGAAAUGUCACGUGAUAUUUUUUUUUCUCCUACAUUAUUUUCAUAAUACAUUUUAAAAAUCUUGUGCAACAAUGUAAUUAAAACACUAAAUAUUAAUAUGAUAUUUUUCUACUUUCGCCAUCAAUAUGAAACUUACAGUGCGAUCUCAGUAUUUAUUCUAAAAAUAUAUAGAAGUACGAUUUUUGUACGAGUCGGGGAAAGAAAAAUGGCACACAGUAUGCACCAGUAAAAAUUAAAAAAAUGGUAUGGACAUAGUUAAUUAAUAUAUUUACAAAAGGCUUUUAAAGUAGGUAUAUUUCAUCGCAUUAACGCAAUCGCGCGAAUAUUAAAAAUGUGUAAAUAAAUUAUGUGUUGAGGUUAGUAGGUAUUUUAAUACUUUUCAUGAAUUUUGAAGUAGGUAACUCCAACGAUAUUUUUACAGUUUUGUCUAAGCAAACUUCGUAGUUUUAACGAUUUCGUUCAGACUCGUUUUCAAUAAAUGACUAUGUAAAGAGAAAACAAAUAAAUAAUAAUUCCAUAAA